AUGAAGACCGAAGACGCCGCUGCGCUCCACGUGACGACCGCGUCGCUGCCGCCGCCGUCGAGCGGCGUCAUGUCGCCCCGCAACGAGUUCUUUGUGUCGCAGCGCGCCGCGACGGACCUCGAGCUCAGCCGCUUGGACUCGUCGCUGUCGCUGGAGGAGCAGGAGAUUUUGGCCACGAUCCAGGAGCUCCAGCUGCAGCUCACGCACCUGCGCGCAGCAGAAGAGCAGGAGAAGUGCGCCCCGCCCGACGCAGCGGACGCAGCAGUCGGUCGCCACCAGCUCAUUGUCGUGUCCAACAACCUGCCGGUGCUGUUGGAGCGCCACCCGCAGACGGGACGCUGGAAAGCCACGAAGACCACAGGUGGACUGGACAAACUCAUGUGUUUGACUGGCGUGCGCGCCGAGAUGGACUUUCUGUGGGUCGGCGGCGUCGGGCAGCCGAUCCCCAAGAGCGAGCACGAAGCAGUGCGCAGUCUGCUGCUGCAGCACAAGUGUCUGCCUGUGUUUCUGUCGUCGGACGUGGCGUCGCGACACGCGAGUUUCUCGUCCGAAGUGCUCUGGUCCCUGUUCCACUACGUGUCGGAGCCCGUACCGCUCUUGAACACGGGCGGCAACUCGAGCUUCUACUCGACGAAGCGGUUCAACAAACAGGACUGGCGCGCCUACGAGUCGGCCAACGAGAGCUUUGCCGACGCAAUUGCUGAAGUGUACAAUGAAGGCGACUCGGUGUGGGUGCACGACUAUCACCUCAUGUUGCUCCCGUCGCUGUUGCGCCAGCGCAUUCCGCUGUGUCGCAUCGGCUGGUUUCUGCACACGCCGUUCCCGUCGUCAGAAGUGUACUGCCGUCUUCCAGUGCGGUCGCAGCUGCUCACGGGCGUCUUGCAAGCCGAUCUGCUGGGAUUCCAGACGUUUGACUACGAACGACACUUUCUUUCCACCUGCCAUCGACUUUUGGGCGUCGAGUGCACGCACAAGGGCGUCCGCAGCGCGCUCGCAAACCGUGAUCAUUUUGCUUCGAUUGGUGUCUUUCCGAUUGGCAUUAGUUUGGAACCGUUUGCGCAUGUCGCGUCGAGUCGACCAACGCUUGACCGAGUGAAUGAGCUGCAUGAAAAAUUCGGCGGGAAGCGUAUUAUUCUAGGCAUCGACCGACUGGAUAACAUCAAAGGCAUCCCUCACAAAAUGUUGGCGAUGGAAAUGCUUUUGGAUCGCUUUCCAGAGUGGCAGCAUAAUGUCGUGCUGGUGCAGAUUGGCAUCUCGUCCCGUUCUGGCGUCGUCGACAGCGGAACGAUUCAUGCGAGCGGUAAAAAUGACCGUCUGUCCAGUGUGAACAAAGCCAGCGGAGAGAAGAGCAACGUGCUUCCUCGGUCUUCUUCGUAUUCAGUAAUGGGACCAGGGGGCUCCGUCGGCAGUGACAGCCCAAUCAAAGGUGUGCCAGAGUCUCCUCCAACGGCUGCAAGUCCAAUUGCAGCUGGCAAGGGGAAGAGUAGUGGAUAUGACGCCUGCUACCAGCUUGAGAUGAGCUCUCAUAGCUACCACAACAUUUCGACCCAAGUAAACCAGAUCGUCGGGCGUAUCAACGGCAUUUUUGGAACUCUCGACUACGCACCCAUACACUUUAUCCAGCAGCAAGCCACUCCGCAUGAUGAGUUGUGCGCGCUCUAUGAUCUGGCUGAUGUUUGCUUGGUGACGUCUACGCGCGAUGGAAUGAAUUUGGUGUCUCAUGAAUUUGUCGUGUGCCAGCAGCACUUUAUGCGAAACAAGGAUGAACGGACCAAAGCUGCUCGUAUGGCCACUAGAGAGUCUUCUGGUCCUGGCGGCAAGAGUAACGGCGGAUUGGCAAGUACCAGCACUUCGAAAGCUCUCAGAGAUGAUGAUGCGGGGAAAAGUGGAGGGCUCUCUCCGAUUCCAUCGUCACAAGAGUCCUCAGCGUCGGUUCUGACGGAUUGGGAAGGUGAAGAUGGUGGACCAGGUGUGCUGGUGGUGAGUGAAUUUGCAGGCUGCUCGCAGUCGCUGAGUGGCGCUAUCGUCAUAAACCCGUGGAAUACCGAAGACCUGGCUCGGAGCAUGCACCAAGCCUUGAGUAUGUGCCGCACGGAGCGUGAGAUCCGUCAGCAGAAACUGUAUCGCUAUGUUUCGUCAAACACUGCUUCGGUUUGGGGACGACAGUUUCUGGAAGAGCUCGGUGUGGCGGUCGAGAAAAACCGCAAGUCAUCCACCCAGCUACCCAAACUCGACAAGAAAGCUAUCGUGCGAGCAUAUACUAGCGCGCAGAAUCGUGUGAUCAUUCUGGACUAUGAUCGAACGCUGACGCCACAACACUCUCUUCUUCCGCUUGCUGCUGUCGGACCUAACUUCAAGUCGUUGCUUGAUGCACUUACUGCUGAUGAACGCAAUACAGUGUUUAUUGUCAGCGGCCGCGAGCGAAAGUUUCUGGAGACCUGGCUGAACGGUAUGCGCGUCGGUGUUGCAGCAGAGGACGGAUUCUUUUAUCGUAUGAACUUGAGCAACACACGUGAGCAGUGGAAAACGAUGAGCAAGUUCCAGUACGACGUUGCAAGCGCUCGGUCAGGUGGAAGUACUACCGCAACGGUCGCUGGAAUGGGUAGUGUGGGAAGUCUGGAUACGUCUUACUCUAGCGAAGCUCAUGGCAUGAUGCACAUGAGCAUGGGCAGUCUCCCGACGUAUGCGCAGCAUGUUCCUGCACCCAGAUCAGCUGACACUGGGGAUGGUACACCGUUUGCGACUGGAAGUGCUGCGACGGAUGACUCGUUCGGUGGAGAUGACAUGUCCUGGAAGGACUUGGUGCUGCCAACCAUGCUGACGUUCACUGACCGAACGCCGGGCAGUUAUAUCGAAGACAAGGAGAGUUCAUUGACGUGGCACUAUGGCGACGCCGACCCUCAUUUUGGCAGUUGGCAGGCAAAGGACUUGCAGAUCAUUCUGGAGCGGCAGCUCAUCGGUACCGCGCUGGAAGUCUACCAAGGGCGUAUGGCAGUCAGUGUCGAGCAUGAAGGGUGCACGAAAACCCGUGUCCUGGAAGGCAUUCUCAAGCAUUUGUCGCUUCCUGAGCAGAUCGUCAAGAAGAACGGCCAGGAGGUCGAUUUCGUCUUGUGUGUGUGCGACGACGUGACCGACGAUCAGAUGUUCCAAACGCUGAACGCCUUGGUGACCGAGUCGAAUGAACGCCACGAAGAAAGGAAGCGAAGGGAGGAGCACGCAGCGAGUGAGCGGAUUCGCCGCAACUCCAUCGCUAUGGGCAACCCGGCUCCGGUCCAGUUACAUGCACGACCCGUGCCGUCUGCUGCUCAUGUGUCGAAGGCAAAGCCCCGCAUGCCGAAACUCAGAGUCAAGAGCGACACCACGGACCAAGUGGAGCCGGCUAUCAAGCCAAAAGGCGGCACGAAAAAGCGCAAUCAGAACGUUGGCGCUGCAGCUGCUGCCGUGCGAGGGAACGAAGACGACUCGACCGAUGACGAGGACGAGUUGGAUGCAGGUGAAAACAUGGACGACGACAAUAAGGUGGCCUUCAGCCGCUUGCAAAAGGUGCCGGUGCAACUUGCAGAAAACGUGGCAAUAUUCGCUGUCGUUGUUGGCCCAGAUGUGCAGCACAGUGGAGGUCGCCACGGGUCGUCGUUCGCGGUGGACUCGUUGGCAGACGUGCGAACGGUGCUCAAGGACUUUGUGGACGAAAGUCGCAAAGGGUCCGACCGGGCCACUCUUGCGCCCGUGACACCUGGAUCGUAA